CAAAUAGAAAUAUCACAAACUUUCGGGGGGAUAACUGGAAUUUCCAAAAUUACUUUCACCGCAUCGUUAGUUGCACCGCCACCGGAUUUAUUGCACCACCCACGUUCAUCUUCCUAUUCUUGCUCCAAAAUCAAGAAUACUGAUAACCCCAAAGCCCCGACAGAAAAUCAGAUCGGUAACUAAAACCCCAAAGCCCUGACAGAAAACCCCAAAAAGAAAUUUAAGAAUUUCAAGCGGAUCACCCCAUUGUUCAAACUCCAUUUCAGCCCACAAUGAGCUCUCCACAGCUCUCGGGAGGCGGGUUGAGCAUUUACACGGGGUUUACAAGGUUGUGCAAAGGGCUGGCGGUGGUAUUAAUAGGGGGUCACAUUGUUGUUCAGAUUUUACCCUCUGCAGCUUCUUAUCUUGCUCUCAUCCCCGCAAAGACUAUUCCUUUUGCAUGGAAUCUCAUUACAGCUGGCUACAUUGAACAAUCCAUACACGGGGUGUUCAUUAGCACAGUUGGUCUUCUUUUUAUCGGGAAGCUGCUUGAACCCAUAUGGGGUUCUAGGGAAUUUUUGAAGUUCAUCUUUGUUGUCAACUUUCUAACGUCAGUCUGUGUCUUCAUCACGGCUAUUUCAUUGUACUACAUUACAAGGCAGGAAUCUUACCUUUAUAUGCCCAUUUCUGGUUUCCAAGGGGUUCUUUCAGGAUUCUUAGUCGGCAUCAAACAGAUAAUACCAGAUCAGGAACUAUCUUUAUUGAAGAUAAAAGCAAAAUGGUUGCCUUCUCUUGCAUUAUUGGUGUCUGUUGCUGUAAGCUUUUUCACAACAGAUUCAGCAUCAUAUCUUCCUACGUUAAUAUUCGGCACCUAUAUAGGUUGGAUUUACCUCAGGUACUGGCAAAAAAAGCCAGAGGCAAAACUACGAGGUGAUCCAAGUGACGAAUUUGCUUUCUCUACCUUCUUCCCUGAAGUUUUAAGACCAGUAAUAGAUCCUCUUGCCACAAUUUUUGAGAGGUUACUUUGUGGAAGAAGAUCAGAAUCCUCAGAUGAGCCCAGGGGCUAUACUUUAGGAGUUGCUUCAUUGCCUGGUUCAGAUCCUGUUGAAGCAUCCAGGAGGAGAGAAAGAGGCGCUCGGGCGCUCGAAGAAAGAUUGGCAGCAGAGAGACUUGCUGCUGCUGCAGGAGGAGGAAGGACACAAGACUCACAAAGAGAUGUUACUGAAAAUGUGUAGAAACUUUAUAAUAUGCUCACUUUCCACAUAUGUAACUUUUGACACAUUUUUUCGUUAAUAUGUAACACUUUAUUUCAAGAGGAAUUCUUUUGCAGCA